ACGAACGAACUACAGCAGUGGGACAGUACUGAGGCAUGAACACUGGUCAGUCCUCGCAGUUUUCAAAGGAUUUCCGUGUUCAGGGCUACCCUUCGGACGCUCUUUUGUCCUGAGCAGGGUGCGAAACAGCCAUGGCGUUUAUUGGGAAAAAGACGCGUACCAAAGAGAGGUUUUCGCUGUUGUUACUAGAUCUCGAAGAAUAUUAUUUUGAGCAGCAUACUGCUUAUCACAUGACAAGCAAUGGUAGCAAUGUUCCAAACAGAUGUAUGAGGGGCUCGUUAAAGAUCUGCUCCAAGUCGGUCAUUUUUGAACCAGAUGAGGUGAACAAACCAAUUCUAAAGAUUCCCCUGAAGGACUGCAAGCGGAUAGAAGGGCUGGAGGGGAAGGAGGGCAACCCUUUUAAAGAAACCAAUCCCGCGUGUGUGAUCUUGGAAACCAAGCAGGUUUAUCUUAUUAAAGAGGAAAAUAUUGUUGCUCCAUACAAAUAUGAAAGGGGAGAGAGAACCUUCAGAUUCCAACUGGAGAUGGCGAGGAAAACAGAAGAUAUUGUGCAGACGCUGCUUCAGUUACACAGGGCAUCACGUCUGGACAAGCUUGGGGAUCAGACAGCCAUGAUUGCUGCCAAUUUGCAAUCCAGGUUGGCCAGAGCAUCUUUUGAUAAGAACAGCUUUCAGAGUGUGUGUGAGCGGCCACAUAUGGAGUGUGAGGCUGAGAUGGUGUCUCCGCUGGUGACCAACCCUGGCCAUGUCUGCAUUACUGACUGCAACCUCUACUUCCAGCCCCUAAAUGGCUACCCAGAUUCAGUAGUUCGAAUUGAGCUUCAUAGUGUCCGGCGCAUCUACAAAAGAAGACAUGGCUUGCGGCCGUUGGGACUGGAGGUGUUUUGUACAGAGAAUGAUCUGUGUUCAGAUACUUACCUGAAGUUCUACAAUACUAAAGACAGGGAUGAACUUUACUACUACAUCGCCACUUUCCUGGAGAACCAUAUAGCGGAACACACAGCUGAGAGCUACAUGCUGCAGUGGCAGAGGGGUCACAUCUCCAACUAUCAGUACCUGCUGCACCUCAACAACCUGGCCGAUCGGAGCGUUAAUGACCUCUCCCAGUAUCCCGUGUUCCCCUGGGUCAUCAGUGACUACAAUAGCUUGCAGCUGGAUUUGUUGAACCCUGCUUCAUUUCGGGACCUUAGCAAGCCUGUGGGAGCUUUGAACACAGAGAGACUGGAAAGACUGCUGGACCGCUACAGGGACAUGCCUGAGCCUCGUUUCAUGUAUGGUAGUCAUUACUCCUCUCCAGGAUAUGUCCUCUUCUACCUUGUCCGAGUGGCUCCGGAACACAUGCUUUGUUUACAGACCGGACGCUUUGAUCACGCAGACCGAAUGUUCAACAGUGUUGGAGAGACAUGGAAAAACUGCUUGGAGGGAGGCACUGACUUUAAAGAGCUGAUUCCUGAGUUCUAUGGCACAGAGAGCAGUUUUCUGAAGAACCUGCUGCAUUUGAGCCUGGGCCGACGGCAGGGCGGUGGUCAAGUGGAGGACGUGGAGCUUCCCCCAUGGGCGUCGGAUGCAGAUGACUUCCUGCAGAAGAUGUGCUCUGCGUUGGAGAGUCAGCAUGUGUCGGAGCACUUGCACGAAUGGAUUGAUCUGAUCUUUGGUUAUAAACAGAGAGGAAGUGAAGCCAUAGCAGCCCACAAUGUUUUCCAUCCACUGACAUAUGAAGGAGGGAUAGACUGUGACAGUAUUGAAGACCCGGAUCAGAAGAUAGCGAUGCUAACUCAAAUCCUGGAGUUUGGCCAAACCCCUCGGCAGCUCUUCACCACUCCUCAUCCUCAGCGCAUCACACCCCGCUUCCACAACAUUUCCACAGGAACCAGCCUCAGUGCUACACCCAAUGAGCUGUCACCAGUCUCUCCCAGCAUGGAGUCUUUUGAGGAUCUGACUGAGGAAAGUAAGAAACUUGCCUGGAGCAACAUGAACAAACUCUCCCUGCAGUCCAGUCACAAGAUACAUAAAGAGGCAGUGACUGGUAUUGCUGUGACCCUAAGUGGCACAUCCAUUUUCUCAACAUCUCAAGACUCAACCAUGAAGAUGCUUUCUAAAGAGAAUGGUGGAUUACAGAGAAGCGUGUCAUUUUCCAACAUGGCUUUGUCGUCCUGUUUAAUAUUACCUGAAGAUAAAACAGUGGUUUGCUCUUCAUGGGACAAUAACGUCUACUUUUACUCCAUAGCUUAUGGCAGGAGGCAGGACACGCUCAUGGGCCAUGAUGAUGCGGUCAGUCAGGUUUGCUGGAGAGACGACCAGCUGUACACGGCAUCUUGGGACUCCACCGUAAAGGUCUGGAAGUGUGUACCCACUGACAUCUCCAGUAAUAAGAGGACACGCUUUGAGCUGCUUGCUGAGCUAGAACAUGAGGCAGGGGUUAACACCAUAGCUCUGAGCCAUGCUGGUACACUCUUGGGUUCGGGCACUAAAGAAGGCACCCUGAGUGUGUGGGACCUCGCCAGCUUCUCCCUCCUGCAUCAACUCACCUGCCAUUCCGGAAAGAUCCACCAGGUGUCCUUCAGUCCUGACAGUAGAAACAUUCUAAGUGUGGCUGAAGAUUCGUGUUUGAAGGUCACAGAUGUGCAGACUGGCAUGCUUCUCUCAACUGUCCUUGCAGAGGAAGAGCAGAGAUGUUUCUGUUGGGAUGGCAACACCGUGCUGUCUGGAGGACAGUCUGGCGCCCUUCUAGUUUGGGACCUACUUGCCAGCAAGGUCAUACACAAGAUCCCCGCUCACUCAGGUCGAGUCACAUAUAUUUGGAUGAAUGAGCAAUGCAGCAGUGUCAUCACAGGAGGAGAAGACAAACAGAUCAUGUUGUGGAAAACCCAGUACUGAGACGCGUGCACACAUACGUUUGCACAUCCAGCGGUGUCUGGACACAAGUACUUGCUCUGAAAGACGCGAUUCAUUGUUGCCAAAGUGGCUCACAGGCCUGUGAUCGUGAUACUGAUACUGAGCAAAGGACUACACUUAUCUAAAUGCUGGGGAUUCAACUUCAUCAGAAAUCAGGAGUCAUUUAACUGAAGUUACUUUUUUUUUUCAGCAAGAACACAAUGACCAAUGGGUGAGUAACUAAAGCGAUCUUUAAAUAAGACAUGCCACUGACAUUUUUUUUUUUUUUUUACUGUUUUAUGUUACUGUUUUUACAUUUUAUUUUUAUUAGAAAUGAGUAUCAUUCCUUGUUCAUAACAUGGACAUUGCUGGAAUACGGAUGUCCUGUGAGUUACUGAAAGGAUCGUGUUUCAUGCAGGGAGAGUGAAAUAAGAUCAGGCAAAUGUCCUUCCCUUCUCAGCCGUGAAACAUUUAUGGAAAACAUUUUGUUUGUCCAGCCAGAUCAGUGUUAUUGGUGACUCCUCCCCUGCAUGUUGGGGUUCAAUUUUUUUAUUUAAUUUUUUUGUUUGAUUUUGUUUUUAAUAAACAACCAUUUGACUCAGUAUAUUUAUGACCAUGCGAAAAUAAUCUUCAUUAAAACAUGUGCAAUACACACCUUGAAGCAUUUAAGUGUAUUUUGAUCAUCCAUAUGUCUUACUGGGCAUAACCUUCCUGAGACUAAAUGUUCAUGUUGACCCAGAACUAGUUAUAAGAUUACUAGGACAGAGUAAAUGCCCAUAUGGUAGCAGUUUAUCCUAUUGUGCAUUGUACUGGCUGGGUCAUUUUUAGAAAAUCUUUGUUCUACUCAGUAGAAGUAUUAAACAAAACAUGGCCUUGCAUUUGCAGCAAUUUGUUUGGGCUUAAAUGAGAGAAGUAGUCAAGCUUUCUGGCAUUUUAAACAUAAUAUGCAAACGUUGCUAUGAUUCAUAUAUCAGAAAAGUAAAAACAAUUAAACUAUAUGUAUUAAAUAGAUCAUGAGAAGGACCUUACCAAGAUCUCUUUUCUCGGUUCACAUUAGACACCGUGUUAUUCACGCAGUCACAACUUGCAUGAAGGCUGUCAGUGAUUAGUUACAGUGGUAUCAGUGUAAGUCCUAUCUUAUUCUCUUGCAGUUUUAUGUCAUGAGGUUUUAUGGAGGUUUGGUGCAUCAACCCUGUCUGAAGUUUCAAAAAUGUGCCUUAAUUAAUGAAAAGUUAGGCUUUGAGAUGCUCCCACAAACUCUGCUCAUGGGUUUAUUUGUUAUGUAUGCCCAUGUUUAUGUAUAAAUAAAGGGUAAUAAACUGUGUACAGUUGUUAUGCAAACAGGAUAUGCACUGUAUGUAUAUUUACAUAUGCAAAUACAUUGGCAUAUUAAUUUUAAUUUAAUAUUUGAUGUAGACUGUAUUAUUCAUAUUGUAGAAAGCCCACUCUUCAGUGAAGAGUGUUUUUAAUAUCUGUAAAAGUAAAAAUGCAACAAUUCACUAAUGAGACAUUUGUACAAAUGAUCAUUCUGCAUCUCCUCAUUGCACAAUGCUAAACCAAAGCCUAAAGCUGAUGUGGUAGUUUAAGUAAAAAAUGCAUAGUAUGUUUUAUUAAAAAUUGUGUAUAUUAACUAUUA